GAGUAGCUCCAACUACCGGAGACAAUUUCCUUGUGUGUCCUGUCACAUACUUGGCCAACAAAGCGGAUUCUGAUUCUGAGUUUUUAGAGUUGUGGUACGACCAGUUGAGGGUGUACCGCCUCUCGCCCAGAGUCAGCUGGGAUAGGCUCCAGCACGACCGCGACCCCGGUGAGGAUAAGCGGUACGGAAAAUGGAAGGAUGGAUGGCGUUACGGUGGUCAUUUUCACGUCGUCCAAAUCAGAAUGUGGAUCUAGCUGCUGUAUUUCUAUGCUCAAAAGCAGCGCGCGUGCUCGGCGCAUGCGCACAUUCUAGACGACGAUUUGCACAAGGCUCCAGCAAGCAAGAUGGCGGGAGCCUCCGACCCGCUGGAGGACAUGCUCUUCAAUGAAGUGGACGAGAAGGCGGUGAGCGACUUAGUUGGCUCGCUCGAAUCGCAACUGGGGGAUUCCGAGGCGCCCCCCGCCGCCGCCGCCGGGAAACGCGACGCAGCUCCGGCCGCCUCCGCGAGCCACUUCUCAGGGAAAGUGCGCGACCAGGAGCCGCCGCAACAAGGACACCCGGGGGCGGCUGUAAAGCUCCAGCCGUCGUCCGUCGCCGGUCAGCUUCCCCCUUCUUCUUCUUCUUCUUCUUCUUCUUCUUCUACUUCUACUACUACUUCUACUACUACUUCUACUUCUACCGCUACCUCCUGUGGUGAUGGCGGCGGCGGGGCGGCCAGCCUGCGGACUUUGGGGUCGGUUCUUUCGAGCUCCCCAGUCCCCCAGCCGCCGGGAGUCCAAACUUUGAGCGGCCAGCCAGCCGCCAGCUUCCAGCGGGUUGCACAAGCCCAAGCCCAAGCCGGCGGCAGGACGCCGUCGCCCGGCUUGCAAAGUUUCAACGGCACCACGGGAGCCGUCAAGUUGCUCAACUCUGCCGGUGGGACCCCCCCGGCGACGACGAGUAGCGCUCUUGUGGUCAUGGCCGCCCCCGCCAACUUCCACCAGGAAGCCGAGUCCGCGGCUCCCAUGCCUCCCGCCGCCCUCCAGCACAGACUCCCCAGCGCGAUCGUCAACGCCGCUCACAACGGCCUGGAGCCCAAAGUAGGGCCGCCGGUGCCACCGGGGACUCCCUCGCCGUCUCAGGUGGUGAACCACAGCAAGAUGCCGAUGGCGGGUCAGCCCCCUUCCGGGAACUCUGUCAUCCUGACCGGCACCACGCCGUCCCCCGCCGCCCCCGGGAUCAAGCCGGCCGUAAACGGGCUGGGCCAGGCGAGAGCGGCCGUCGCCGUCCAGCCGCAGAGAGCCGGGCCGGCGGCCGAGACCGUCCGGCCGGCCGCCCCCCAGCCCCCGUUGGCCGUCCGGCCUCAGCAGCAGGCCACCAUCCAGCUGCCCCCCGGCUUCACCAUGCCCGCAGGCAUGGUUCUGGUCCGCGUCGAGACGGGUCACCUGGUCAUGGUACCGCAGCAGGUUCUGGCCCAAGCGCAGGCCAAGACGCAGCAGAGUCCCGGCGUGACCGCCGUCCCUCAGAGGCCCGCCGCGCCCGCCGCCAUCCGGGUCGGCAUCGCCGCUCCGGCUCCUGGCACGCCUCAGAACAUCCACCUGGCGACGCCCCCUCAAACCAAACCGCUUCAGUCUCCUUCCUCUUCUUCCUCCUCCUCGCCAUCCUCGUCCUCCUCGGUACAGGCCAUCACGGUGACUUCUGGCGCCCCCUUCUCGGCAAAGACGCCCCUGCCCCCGAAGACGCAGACGGCCGCGGCGACGGUCGCCGUCAAUUCGGCCCCGCCGCCCGCGAGCGGCGCCGCGCCGGCCGGCGGCCGAGUGUCUGUGGUGUCGCAGGAAAUGCAGGAAAACGUGAAGAAGUGCAAAAACUUCCUGGCCACGCUCAUCAAGCUGGUGUCCAACAACUCACCCUCGCCUGACACAUCCAAGAAUGUCAAAGCGCUCGUCCAGGACCUCCUCGAUGCAAAGAUCGAGCCUGAGGAGUUCACGAGUCGUCUGCAGGCGGAACUGAAGUCAUCUCCGCAGCCCUACCUCAUCCCCUUCCUCAAGAAAAGUCUUCCUGCCUUGCGUCAGUCGUUACUCAGCAGCCAGCAGUCUCUGACCCCGCCCCCCGCCUGCACCCCGCCCGCGGCCGCCGUCCGGCCGCGUUUACCCGUCGGAACCCCCGGCGUCCGGAUGAACGCGCCGCUCGCCACCGCAACCAUGGCGACUGGUCGAGGCUGCGUGCAGACUCUUCGCGGUCCCCUUGUGGUGGGCAUGAGAACUCCGGGCGCAUUGAUGCGAGGACCCGCCGCCCCGGUCGCUAAGAGCGUCGUCACUUUGGCGCCGCCGGCCAAUCAAAAGAAGCUGGGAGACCCGGGGGGCGGGACAUUCAGAGACGACGACGACAUCAAUGACGUGGCGUCCAUGGCCGGCGUCAACCUGAGCGAGGAGAACGCCCGUAUACUGGCCACCAGCUCCGGGUUGGUGGGCACCAAGAUCCGCUCGUGUAAGGACGAGGCCUUCCUGCCCGCCGGGUUGCUGCACCGACGUCUGAUGGACACAGCUCGGCGGCUCGGCGUGAGCGAGGUUCCGCUGGAAGUGGUCAACUUGGUGUCGCACGCCACGCAGUCGCGCCUGCGCUCGCUGCUGGAGAAAGUGUCUGCGCUAGCUCAACACCGUUCGGACGUCGUCAAGGACGAAGAGCAUCACGAGCAGACGAGCGACGUUCGCUCUCAGCUUCGCUUCUUCGAGCAACUGGAGCGUCUGGAGAAGCAGCGGAAGGACGAGCAAGAGAGGGAGAUCCUGCUCAAGGCCGCCAAGAGUCGAGCCAGACAAGAAGAUCCUGAGCAGGCUCGUCUGAAGCAGAAGGCCAAAGAGAUGCAGCAGCAGGAGUUGGCGCAAAUGCGCCAACGCGACGCCAACCUCACGGCGCUCGCCGCCAUCGGGCCCCGAAAGAAGCGCAAGAUGGACUCGCCAGGCGGCACCGCAGCCUGCGCCGAGGUGUCGUCUGGCGCUUCUGCGUCGGGUGCGUCUUUGUCGUCGUCCGUGUCGUCGCCGCGCCAGCCUUGGCGUCAGCGCAUCACCAGAGUCAACCUCAGGGACUUGAUCGUGUGUCUGGAGCAGGACGGCAGCACCGCGCGAUCGCUCACGCUCUACAAGGCGCUGCUCAAGUGAGCGCCACCGCCGGCCCGGACCCCCGCCCUCCCCUCGCGCUCCGCGAGGUGCCUCAAGCGAGGGCGGACCGCCACCGCCCCGGCCCUCCCGCCGCAGUACGAGGCACCGCUCGAGUGAGGACAAGACCCCCAGCCCCGUACAUGUGCCGUCCCCGUCAGCACGGCAACACCAUCCUGUAUUAUCACACGACCACGCGGGGACGGAUCAGCCGGAAGCCGUUAGCUCUUAGCUCGGAUUUUGUGGCAACCGUUUGUUAAAGGGUUCUUGUCCUAACCUGCGCACUCGGUUUCAUAACACUAAAAUGUUGUGGCUCCGCCCACAGACGUAUCUAAACAGUCGGAGGCGGGCCGGUCGAGGACGAUCAUGAUUUGACCGUGAAGGGCCGUAGAUGAAAUGCUAGCAGGCACUUUUUUUUCUACUAUGCUAAGACGCUAAAGUUUUGUAAGCGUGUCGCGAUUGUCGUUCUACGAAGGUUCGGAUUGUUCAAGUCAAGUCGGUGGAGCGAAGACGCGGUGCACGCUUUGUGGUCUGCGUCGCGUUCCCGCUCGCGCCGCAGCGCGCGGACUUUCACACUUUGAUCUUGUCAUGCAAAAUGCAGUUUUUCUUCACUUUUUACGACUUUUUGCAGGUUUUUAAUGCUUUGUUUUGGUCGUCGUGACGAGCGCCACGGUCGCUGCGUCCGCUCCAACUUUUACCAUUAUUUAUAUUUCCUACAUUCUCUACUCGAUCAUGGACUUUUACACUUGUUUGUACCUUUACUCAAAUAAAAUAAAGACCUUUGGAAAGUGCACACGAGUCACAUGAGCGGGCAGUGAUGUCACCUCAUCUGGACUGGCAGGUCUGGGCGAACUGUUCUGCUCAAGGGCCUCAUUUGAUUUUCAACAUUGGAUGCAUGGGCCAUUGGUAGAUGAGGUUAACAAUAAUAAAAGUCUUUCUCAUGUCUUU